AUGUCAUCCUUCAAAACCUGCCCAAAGUCCUGCUCCUUCACCUUCCCCAAGACCUGCUCUGAGACCUGCUCCAAAAGCUGCCCAGAGACCUGCUCCGAGACCUGCCCCAAGACAUGCUCCUUCACCUUCCCCGAGACCUGCUCCGAUACCUGUGUGAAGACUUGCUCCUGCUCUGAGACCUGCUCCGAGACCUGCUCCUUCACCUUCCCCAAAACCUGCUCUGAUACCUGUGUGAAGACUUGUUCCUGCUCUGAGACCUGCUCCGAGACUUGCUCCUUCACCUUCCCCAAAACCUGCUCUGAUACCUGUGUGAAGACUUGUUCCUGCUCUGAGACCUGCUCCGAGACUUGCUCCUUCACCUUCCCCAAAACCUGCUCUGAUACCUGUGUGAAGACUUGUUCUGAGACCUGCUCCGAGACUUGCUCCUUCACCUUCCCCAAAACCUGCUCUGAUACCUGUGUGAAGACUUGUUCUGAGACCUGCUCCGAGACUUGCUCCUUCACCUUCCCCAAAACCUGCUCUGAUACCUGUGUGAAGACUUGUUCUGAGACCUGCUCCGAGACUUGCUCAUUCACCUUCCCCAAAACCUGCUCUGAUACCUGUGUGAAGACUUGCUCCUGCUCCGAGACCUGUCCCAAGACAUGCUCCGAUACCUGUGUGAAGACUUCCUCUGAGACCUGCCCCAAGCCCUGCUCUGUCUCUAACCCCAAGUCCUCCUUCAGCUCUUUCUCCAUGACUUCAAAGUCCAUAAUCGGUCCUCGUCGUUGUGGUACAGUUGCACCUAAAGCUUACAGUGUCUAUGGCUGUGGUUUUGGAGAAAAGACCCGCAUCUCUACCUGCUCUUAUCGUUCGAAUGCUUGCUCCCCUUGUCCACCAUACAAAACUGACGUAGGAUACGGAUGUCAUAGUGGACAAGGUGGAAGAUUUGGCGCAAGAAUCAUGACUGGAGGGUGUUAUGACUACCUCCAGAAGAGCGAGAAGGCCACCAUGCAAGACUUGAAUGACCGUCUGGCUUCAUACCUAGAUAAGGUGCACUUUCUGGAGGCUGCCAAUGCUACUCUGGAGAAGCAGAUCCGGGAGUACUAUGAAAAGAAGGGGCUGAUCUGCCAGAGGGACUACAGCUGCUACUUCAAGACCAUCGAUUGCCUUCAGGAAAAGAUUAAAGAUGCUACUGUCAACAAUGGCAAAAUCCUUCUGCAGAUCGACAACACUAAACUGGCUGCUGAGGACUUCAAGAUAAAAUAUGAGAAUGAGGCGACGAUACGGCAGUGUGUAAAAGCUGACGUUAAUAACCUGCGUUGCAUACUUGAGAAGACAUGCCUGGCAAAACCAGACCUGGAGACACAGAUCUGCGCUCUGCAGGAGGAGCUGGUGUAUUUGAAGAAAACUCACCAGGAGGAUGUGGCAGCACUACUGUGUCAGCUGACAGACAAAAAAGUGUGUGUGGAAGUGGAUGCUGCUCCUCAGCAAGACCUGAACAAGGUUUUGGAUGACAUUCGUUGUCAUUACGAGACCAUCAUAGACAAACAUUGCAGAGAACAGGAGUGCUGGUUCAAAGAGAAGAUGGCAGAUCUGUGUAAAGAUGCUGCCACCAACACAGAGGGCCUAGAAACCUCCAUAUCAAAAAUCUCAGAUUUGCGACGCACUUUGCAGAGUCUAGAGAUCGAGCUACAGUCUCAAAUCAGCAUGAAAGGAGCACUGGAGUGCUCACUGUUGGAAACAGAGGCUAGGUACAGCACUAUGCUAGCAGGUUUCCAGAAACAUAUCAACACAUAUGAGGCAGAGCUUUGUCAGGUGCGCAGUGGCAUUGAGCAGCAGGGCAGAGACUAUGCUGCUCUCCUGGACAUCAAGAGCCGUCUGGAGCAGGAGAUCGCCACCUACAGGUGUCUCCUGGAAAAGCAGGACAUUAAGUAA